AUGCUGGCAAGUAACUUUGCCGCCAUGUUCAUAAAUAUGGCUGCCUUGUUGUUGGCGACUGUUGGGUGCUUGUUUAGAAAUUAAUGUUUGUUUCUUUCGUUUAUUAUGAUUUCAAUUAACUGCAUUUGUAAAAUAUUGCAGCUUAGGGCGGAUAACAUAAUAUAUUGAUUUUAUUUAACCGAGAGACCCACAGUUGUCAGAGAGGAGAGCUUUUUUUUUUAUAAAUGAGCCCCACCUAGUAAUUUAAGCUUGUAGCUAUCGUAAGCAGUUCUAUUUGUAGAGGUAGAGUUGGAUAAUUAUGUCCAAGAUGUGGCCGGCGUCGCAGUAUUCUCACAGCAACGCGCCCGCACCCAACAAUUCAGGAAAACCAAAUGAACACCAAAACCAACAAAAUUUGAAGACCUUGGGCAUGACCUCAGCCAUUUCCAUGGCAGGUCCGAAGCCCAUUGACAUAGAAAAAACCACAGAACUGAAAGAAUCUCUGAUUCCCUAUGGAGUGUUUGAAUCGGAGCAAGAGAUGCAUCAUCGGAUGGAAGUACUGGGUGCCCUGCAUAGACUUGUAAGACAAUGGAUCAGAGAGGAAUCUAUGCGGAAGAAUAUGCCUCCCAGCGUUGCUGAUACUGUCGGGGGAAAUAUUUACACAUUUGGAUCUUAUAGGCUUGGAGUGCACCAUAGAGGUGCCGAUAUUGACGCCCUGUGCGUUGCCCCUCGCCACAUAGACAGGAUUGACUAUUUUGCGUCGUUCUACGAGUUAUUGAAGGCGCAACCUCAGGUAAAGGAUUUGCGAGCCGUAGAGGACGCAUUCGUGCCCGUUAUCAAGAUGAACUUCGAUGGGAUUGAGAUUGAUUUGCUUUUUGCCAGAUUGGCACUCAAGGAAAUACCCGAUUCCUUCGACCUUCGCGAUGACAUGCUCUUGAAGAACCUAGACCAGAAGUGUGUGCGUUCACUGAACGGAUGCAGAGUGACCGAUGAGAUUCUCCGCCUCGUGCCUAACAUAAACAACUUCCGACUCACACUGCGCGCCAUCAAAUUAUGGGCUAAACGGCACGGCAUAUACUCAAACACACUCGGCUACCUGGGCGGUGUGUCCUGGGCCAUGUUGGUAGCGCGGACCUGCCAGCUGUACCCCAACGCGCUGCCUGCCACGUUGGUGCACAAGUUCUUCCUCGUCUUCAGCCAGUGGAAGUGGCCACAACCAGUUCUCCUGAAACAACCUGAUUCUGUCAACCUUGGCUUCCCCGUUUGGGAUCCUAGAGUGAACAUUUCCGACCGAUUCCACCUAAUGCCAAUCAUCACGCCAGCGUACCCGCAACAGAACUCGACGUUCAAUGUAUGUGCUUCCACCAGAACUGUCAUUAUGGAGGAGUUCAGAAUUGGUUUGGCCAUAACUGAUGAAAUAAUGCUCGGCAAAUGUGGAUGGGAGCGCCUGUUCGAGGCCCCCAACUUUUUCUCGCGGUACAAGCAUUUCAUAGUACUGCUGGCGUCCUCCGCCAGUCCAGACGACCAACUCCAGUGGUGCGGGCUCAUUGAAAGCAAGAUCCGACAUCUCAUCACAACACUGGAGCGCAACACCCACAUUACGAUCGCACACGUCAACCCUGAGUGCUACAACUCAGUUCCAUUAAACACUAAUAACGGACAGCCUCUAGCCUUGCCACCAGGCGCACCAAUGCCAGCUGAUCCAUCGCCAGAAGUAAAAAAGAACGAAAAUGGUGAAGUAAUAGCGAACUACUGUUCCAUGUGGUUUAUAGGGCUAGUUUUUGAGAAGACCAACUUGAACGUGGACCUCACGUGUGACAUACAGACAUUUACUGAAGCCGUCAACUAUCAGGCAGAGAACACUAACAUGUUGCGAGAAGGCAUGACCAUCGAGGCGCGCCAUGUCCGACGUAAGCAGCUGCACCAGUACCUCUCCGCGUCCCUGCUGCGUCGCGAGCGGACCUCCUCCGGUACCAAGCGCAAGAUACACGACCGGCCGCCUCCACCGCCCGGCCCACAGAAGAAGACCAAACGACUCUCCGAGAGCAGUACGGAGGAAGUCGGCGUAUUAUCGUUCAAUGAGGACUCAAACUCGUCUAACGUAUACGAAGUGAACUUACACAACGGGGCGGCGCAGCACGCGAGCGCGGAGGCCGAGAUGGCGCGACCGAAGCCCGCCGCAGACAAGGCUGAGCAUCCACCCUCCACGUCAAACUCCAUCGCCUGUACGUAGCAGUACGAGGAAUGGCGUACCAGGUUCAUUUAUGGAACCGCCAACGUCAAGCUCACCAGAAAACGAGUGUAAAUGUUUGACAGUGAACUAAGUGAUCAACAGACUAAUGUGAUUAUAGUGAGUAAGAACUUGUGAUAGUUAAGAUUCGAACAAUUAUUGCAAUUUUAAUGGUGCAAAUAUGUGACGUUUUGGUGUUGCCCUGCUGAUUAGUACUGACGGUUUCAUAAUGGUGUACGUCUUGGAAUAACUCAACAACUGUGGGAAUUUUAAGUGAAACAAUUUUAGAUUUAGUAUAAUUGAUAUGACAUAGCCAAGUAAUGGGCUCUGCACACUGAUCCCAGCGGUAUCCAGCCGCGAUCGGUCGGGCUAGCGUGAAACUUAGUUCGACAUGUGAUACGGGGACAACGCAUCGUGGCUGCGUAAGUUAUCAAAAUAUCAUUAGACAUUAUAAAGGAAAAAGUAAAAAAAAAAAAAAUGUUUUAGAGGUAUAAAGUGAGAUGAUGAAGGUCCGUAUUAUUGUACGAGAUAUUCGGGUGUUGUUUAUUUGCAGAUGGCGCGAGGGCGGGACGGCGUCAUGUAAGUCUGGCACUGUCACACGUAGGGCUAGGGUGUCAGGCCGUUUGCAAGGAACUACACAAACGUAUUGACGUCGCGGUUGCGACAACAUGACUGCCGACGCUUACCAUACGGAGUAGUGACGAACGGAGUGCUGAUUGGUAUAUUUUUUUGUAGAUUCGCACUCGCGUCGUACGAAGGAGACGGCACGGAUUAUCGUUCGCCAGGACGGAGCGGUGAUGCGUAUCCAUUGACGGAUGGUCCACUGUAAGGCCACGUAGACCUUAGCGCUCCAUUUAUUUACUAAUCCCUAGUGUUAAGUCUCUUAUAGCAUAUUAUUUUCAUACAUUAUUUAUGAUCUAGCCCGCCAGUCAUGUUGGUCGCAUAACGUAAGAUUUUCUGUGCCUAAUAUUUUUAAGAACAAAUAUCUGUGAGUUAGUUCUAUGAUAAUACUAAAUAGGUUUCUGGUGCAAAUGCCGCCAUUUUAUUUGUAGGCUUUUACCGUAGUUUUAUUAAGAAUAGUAGAUUUAUGACAUAGAUGAUUAACGAUUAACACAUUUUUAACUGACAGUCAAACCAGAAUGAAAUGCGGCGUGCAUUUUGCGUUACAUUUUACGGUUUUGCAUGAUACAACAUUUUGAUAUUGAUAUAACUUUGAUUUGGAAGAACUCUUUAAAUAUUUUGUUUUGCCAAAUUAUCUAAACAUUUUUAAAGUAAUUUGCUCACAGAAAGUAUUCCAUUUUGUGUAUGUAAUUUUAGACUUUGCGUGUUUGACAAAUAAUGGAAUACACGGGUAUUAUCGUGGAUUUUCGUUACAGUGAAUGCGGUCACAAGCUGACUUGACUUGACUAUUUUUAGUUCCUAAAAGCCCACCCUAUCUAAAUAACAACCACUAAAACCUAGUUUGACGAAUUUUAACAUAUUUUGAAGGGUUUGGUGUUAGAAAAAGAUUGACUUAACGUCUCUGGGUUGGCCAACGUAUUGUAUUACAAAGAUUUAUGGACAAAUCGCCUCCAAAUGUGAGCCUCAUGCUGCCCAAAAGAGUGUAAGACCUUUGUAGGCAAGUUACUUAAAGAUUUGACCUUUCAAAAUAUCAAUUUCUUGCAAACGGUCAGUGAUAGUACAAAGUGGAAGAAAUGAUCAGUUUUAUUAUUGAAGCUUUUUUUAAAAAAGAACUUUAUAACUCGACAAUUAUGAUGUGAAUAACUUUAGAUUGGUUUGAAACGAAAACAUCUAAAAGAUUGACGGAUAUUGCUUUGUAAUUUGUAAGAAGUUACUUCAAAAUAGUACCUACAUAAAAGAGUCUUCUCUACUGCAAUAACAGCUAAUUUUAUGUAACAGACAACCUAUCAUCACAUUAUGAAAUGAGCUUUAAAUCCAUUCUUAGUAAAUAUUUGGUUUAAAAAAAUGCUGAAACACUUUCUUCAAAUUAAUUGCGACAUUAGUUACUGACAAAACGUUAAGUUGAAACAUUAACAUUAAUAACUGACAUAGUUUAUAACAUAACAAAUCAGAUAUAUAAUUUUUAUAAUAACUAUCAUGAGACAUACUAUAUUAAACUAAAAAGAAAUAUUUUUAAUUUAUUUUUUUACAUUUUUAUUUCAAUUGUAAAAUCACGGUUUACUCACGUAUAUUAAUGGAGAAAAGCUCUACUAGUUUCAAGUUACAGAGGGACUCUUCAUCAUGAGCAGCGUGCGCAGACGCGGCGACGUCGCGCAACCUACUGAUGCCGCCGCGUCUGUGUACGCUGCUAUUAAUUCAGAUACAUAUAUAAUAUUAUUGAAAUGUUAAUCCAAAAGACAGACCACACUAGUAUUGUCGAGUUAUAAAUGUUAUUAAACACUUGAUUAAAUAAUACACCAUCUUACUAUCAAACACUUUCUUCUACUUGACAUUCAGGGUAAAAUAUCAAUUUUGCAGUUUUAAGUUUGAAUAUAAUUUGCCCUUUAUCAGACUCGUAUUGUUCGUUUUGUGUGUGAAAAUUGCAUUUUUCACGUUCAACUAGAUAUAACGAAAUGAUUCCACCUAGUUAAUAAGACUCAAUGUAGUUGUUCAUAAGGACCUUCAGGUAUUUAAGUUGUAUAUAUUCUAUAGACAAUUGAUAAUUAUAUAUGAAAGUAUAUAUCUGGUAAACAAUAACUUAAAAUUGAAAAAAAAAAACAAUAAAUGUAUAUACAAAAGGGA